AUGGCUUCCCCGCUGAAGCUGGAGCAGGACGUGCAGGGGAAAGUAGAUUCAUUUCGGGCCCGCAUCGCCCAGGAGGCCGAGGAUCUGGUGUCCACCUUCUUCCCUCAGAAGCUGUCAGAGCUGGAUAGUUGGGUUCAGGAGCUCCGCCUGCAAGACCUAUCCAGAAUACGUUCGGUGCCAGCCCCAGAGACCCCCGUCGCCCCAGACACUGCGGGGGAUGGGCCCAACCGGGAUCCGCAGCCUCUGCAGACCCAGUCCUCCAUCAAAGUACUAGCACUGCCAGACGGCAUGGGGCAGCUUCUGCGAAGCAACCAGCAUCUGGUGGAGCUGAUUCAGCACGUAAAACCCGAGAUCGAGCUGCUGAGAGAGAAAUGCAACACCGUGCGGAUGUGGGUGCAGCUGCUCCUCCCAAAGGCGGAGGACGGCAACAACUUCGGAGUGUCUAUCCAGGAAGACACCGCGGACCAGCUGUGGACCGUGGAGAGCACAGCAGCCUCCUAUCUACGCCGUUUCUCCACCUAUUACAACACCCAGGCCAAGUUGGUAUCCAAGAUAGUGAAAUACCCCCAGGUGGAAGAUUAUCGCCGCACUGUAGACGAGGUCGACGAAAACGAGUACCAGAGUGUGCGCCAGAUCCUGCUCCAUGUACGGAACCAGUAUGCCACCCUGCAUGACGUAACCCUCAAAAACAUUGAGAAGAUCGAGACCCCUCGGAGCACCAACACCGACAACCUAUACCGAGGACCUUUCUCCACCCCACUUUCCUUCAGGAGUUGGCUGAGCUGUUCAGGCAGCUGGAAGGCUGGUUCUUGA